CUCCCAUCGGAGCCGCCGCCGCCGCCGCCGCCGCCGACGCCGACGCCGACGCCGACACGCAGCCGACCGUCCGAUGGAGAUGGCCGCCCCCGUCUCCCCCGCGCCCCGCACCGUCGAGGACAUCUUCAAGGACUUCGCCGCCCGCCGCGCGGCCCUCGUCCGCGCCCUCACCGUCGAUGUGGAUGAGUUCUACGGCUUUUGCGACCCAGAGAAGGAGAAUCUGUGCCUGUACGGGCACCCGAACGGGCGGUGGGAGGUGGCGCUGCCGGCGGAGGAGGUGCCGCCGGAGCUGCCGGAGCCGGCGCUCGGGAUCAACUUCGCCAGGGACGGGAUGCACCGCCGGGACUGGCUCUCGCUCGUCGCCGUCCACUCCGACUCGUGGCUGCUCUCCGUCGCCUUCUUCUUCGGGGCGCGCCUCAACGGCAAUGAGAGGAAACGCUUAUUUAGUUUGAUCAAUGAUCAUCCGACUGUGCUUGAAGCUCUGUCUGAUCGGAAGCAUGGAAGGGAUAAUAAGUCUAGUGCCGACAAUGGCAGCAAAUCCAAGCACUCGGCAAAGCGUGCAAAUGAUGUGCACACGAAAAACUCGAGGCCAGCGGUUGCUGAUGAUGGGUACGACGAUGACGAAGAGCACAGUGAAACCCUUUGUGGAACCUGUGGUGGCCGCUACAACUCGACCGAGUUUUGGAUCGGGUGCGACAUUUGUGAGCGGUGGUUCCAUGGCAAAUGUGUUAGGAUAACUCCAGCGAAAGCAGAGCACAUAAAGCACUACAAGUGCCCUGAUUGUAGCAGCUCCAAGAAAAGUAGGCAAUAAAACCAUGGAGCUGCUGCAGGCUCUCUAUUGCUGACUCAGCUGAUCAAUCAAAACAAUACUUGCCAUCCCUCUUCCAGUCCCAAGUUGGCGGCAGAUGUGAAUUACUCUAGAACAUUGCGCACUGUUGUGGUAGAUGUUGGAAAAAAAGAAACUUUACAGGAUAGUUGGUUUCAUAAACUUGUCAGUUACUGUUGUGGUUGUUCAUUUGGGAUAUGGAUACUGUUACAUUGUAGUGUUUAGAAGAAAUUUGUUCAUGCCUUGUUGCUAAUCUGGUACGGAGUAUUUCAUUUCCUUGCUGCAUGACAUUCAUUUCUCUCGAGAAGUCUGUGCCUGUCAGGGUGCA